GUGUGUAUACGUGGGCUGAAAUCUUUCUGGAUGGCAGUUAUUCCGUGAUCGGAAACGAUAGUGAACAGUCUCUCUCUUAACUUGCUCUCAGUGUUUCAGCAAACACUUGGCUUUACAAUGAACUUUGGUGUUGCACCUCAUCGUUGAUACAAACUACUCAUGACUCAAGAUGAGCGAAGGAAAACGAGUGUUGAUCGUUCUGCCCGACGAACGCCGCCUGGAACUGCUGGUUCAGCCCAAUCUGCUUUCGUCGGACUUACUGGACCUAGUUACGUCUCAAGUGGCUCUCAAAGAAAAGGAAUUCUUCGGACUUGCUUACUUGGACGAAACUGGACACUAUAGCUGGCUUCAAUACGACCGGAGGGUGCUGGACCACGAGUUCCCCAAGAAAAAUUCACUUCCGCCGACCGUCCACCAUCACCUGCAGCAGUUACAGCCGAACAAUAAUCAUGGCAAUAAAUGCGCUCUGGUUCUCUACUUCCUCAUCAAGUUCUACGUGGAAAGCAUCAGCUUGCUGAGGGAUAGCCAUACGGUUGAACAUUUCUACCUCCAGCUGCGCUCCAUGGUGUUCAAGGAUCAAUUGGAAGUAGGCAGUGAUUGCGUCUGCAUUUUAGCUGCCUGGGCUCUUCAAGCUGCUUACGGAGAUUACGUUGACGAUUUAACAGCGAGAAAUCAUUUGAAAAAGUCGCCCAUUUUGCCCGUCAGUGCCCUCAAGGAACACCAGUCUCUCUCUGAAUGUGAGGAUCGAGUCAUCGAGAAUUACAAGACUCUGGUGGGCCACAGCCGCGGUCAAGUCAUCGUCAAUUACCUGUCGAAAGUCGAGUCGCUUCCCAACUACGGCGUUCACUACUAUAGUGUAACGGACAAGCGAAACACGCCCUGGUAUUUGGGCAUCAGCUACAAAGGCAUUGCCCAGUACGACUUCUCGGAUCGGAGACAUCCCCGCAGGAUUUUUCAAUGGAAACAGUUGGAAAACUUGUACUUUCGCGACCGGAAGUUCUCCAUUGAAGUUCACGACCCCAAACGAGUGCAUGCCGUACACAGCAGUUUGUAUGCGUGUCCCGAAUCCGCCGAUCUGGUAGAGGAUGGUCUGACUGAAGCAUUUCCAGAAGAUUCGGCGCAGGUAUCGGUGAACCGUCGACUGCAAGCGGGCACGAUAAGCGUCAUCGUGUGGUUUGGCCAGACACAGGCGCUGACCAAGAACAUUUGGCACAUGGCCAUCUGCCAGCAUCAGUUCUACCUGGACCGUAGGAAUUCCAAGGCGCGACAGCUUAAGGCUCGCAAUCUCAACGACAUUGCCCUGGAUCUAUCCAAGUCGAGCACUAGCCUCUCGCUGUCGACGGCUAGCUCCAACUCGCAGUCCAAUCUCAGUCACUCCGGCAGCACGCUUAGUCUCAACGGCAAAAUGGGACAAACGCCAGAAACGGAAGAAAGCGAGGCAGCAAGGGCCGCUCGCAUGGAAAUUGUUGCGGCGCUCAAAUCGCGCAAAGCAGCCAUGGAAGAGAAACUCAAAGCCAAAAUGGAAGAGCUCAAGAAACUCUGUUUGGAAGAAGGAGCGUUAAGCGGCCAACUUCCGCCUGAAUAUCCACUCAACCCGGGCGAGGCUUUGCCCACUAUCCGAAGAAGGGUCGGCACCUCAUUCACCUUACCAGAGAAUCUUCUCAAUAAAGCCAAGUCUUCAAAGGAGGAAUCUCUGGCCGCCAUGGAGCUUGAAUACGAGAUUCAACGCAAAAUUACUUCAGCCGCUCUGAGACUUGCCACAGACGGUAGCCCGUCGAAAGCUGUGAAGCGUCAACGCAAGAUGAUUUACCAGCAGAGCCUGCAGCAACUCAAGGAUAUCGAAACGAAACUGCGUUCUUUGCGCUUAGCCGAGAUGUACAACAGCACGCAAGCACAGCCUCAAGUACCAGUAACCACCACCAGCCCGUGGAGCAAAGUCAAAAAGAAGCCGAGGCCCAAUGGCGGAUCAGAUGCAACCCUGGACGAAGAAGCCGGAUUUAUCCAGACAGAAACGAGUUUGGACGGUCAUGACCUUUAUUUGGACGACCACGGUGUUAACCUUUCACCUGCCGUUACACAACAGCACGCGACCAAUCACCACAAUCAUCAUCACCAUCAUCAGCCUAUCACUGCCACUCCUAUGCGUAGAGAUCGGUCUCUAUCGCCCACUCAAGUGCCCGUCUCGAGCGCUGUUCCUAGUUCAAUUUCGCGAUCAGAACAAAUGCCUCGAAGCGCUCCGUCUUCCCCGCAAAAGAAUCGUCAUGCAAACAGUGCAAUGUAUCAACAUCAGCAGCAGUACACUAAUGGAUACAGCAACCACCAUCAUCAUCACCCACAUCAUCCCGAACUCCGCAGGGAAACAAGUGGAGGCUACACGCCGAAUACUCCAAUGAUGCGAUCAUCCUAUCGUACUAAACAGUAUCUAACGCUUACGUCUAGCCAAUCAACUCCGCCUUACGUCAUCCAAGACAUGUCUUGGGACCCUCACCAUCAUAAUGGAAUGGCAGCCAAUCGUGUACCAUGCCCCCAACUUAUUGGCAUCGAUCCUUCCGCUGGUGGAGGAUUGUACAAUAUCGCACGUCAGAGAGCGAGCCAUGAUUUUCCUACCCAUGCAUCCAUGGAUGAUUUAGAAGUCAUUGGCUUGAGAAGGCUGACGGGAGCUUCAUCCGAUCACAGUGAUCAGACACCUCGCAGCCUAAUGACGUCGGCCCAACAUUCUCCGGCUCAGGAUUCCAAUCCAAACACAUCGGCUGAUUUCGAGUGGGACUUUGGUGAUGAAAAUGCGCCCGCCACCCGUCGGCUGGAUCAGUUGGUUCAUCACAGGUUCGGCAGUUUAGAUCGACGCAGGCGUUUAAUGAACGCCAGUAUGGAUGCCGAUGCGAAAAGCUGUGCGAAACAAGCGGUUUACGAAGGAUCGCGAAGUAUGGACGAGUUAGACGGACCGUCUCCGUUAACAGUUGAUGUUAUUGAUGGUUCAUCUAUCGGCCCACGGUUCGGCAGCCGGGGCAUGCGCAAAGCCAGUAGCAGCAGCAGCAAUCAAAGUUCCAGUUAUAAUGAACCUGAACUGACGUUGUUGCCCAAUCAGACGUAUCCGGAUUAUCCGGAUUUCGGGGCUUCCAUUCGAGAGCGCAGUGGCAGUUCUAGUCGGAUGGAGACCGUGUUUGACAUUGAUAGCGCCGUGUACACGAGAAUGUCAAACAACCUGUCGGUGACGUCACUUCAUUCGAAUAAGAAGAAAGAAAAAGACUGGUAUGAAACUUCGCUGGAUUCCCCUGUUCCUGGUCGUAAAUCAAAGAUGAACGGGACUUUAACGGACAAGCCGCCAGCUUCGUUGCCGACAGUUUCGACCUCUAAUUCUUCAGCUCCGACUCCUACCAUGGGCAAUGGAACAAGUACCGUCCGAGCGCAGCCGGUACGUUUAGCCGAACCUGGACAAGAAGACAGUUUUGAUUUUGAGACAGUAGUGCCUUUCGAAUCGCCCAAGAAUUUAGAACUGAUUGCGCCCGGCAAGUUUGAACCUUACAGGGAAGUGUCGAAACCUUUUGAAACUUCGGAUAUUUACAAAUAUAGCGCCAAGUACCGACAACAGCAGACCAAAGGUCUUUAUCAGCCACUCACGCCGCUCGCCUGUCAUCCGAUGAACUCCGCUCGUGGCGGAGGGGGCUCCCAUGCAGCUGAUACCAAUAGUCUCGGUGAAAAUCACACGAACCCACCUGCCCCAGAGUUCCGUUCUAAACCGGCUACGUUAGUUUGAUACGUGAUUUAUUUUUAAUUUUUUUUUGUAAAGAAAAUGUUCUUGUGGAUUUGUACCUGAUUGAUCGUACGUGUUUGGAUUCAUUUUGUACCAUCGUUUCGUGAAAUUCCCGUUCCUGUCUCAAGGCUCUCUUAAGAUGGAGAAAAAUAGUAAAACGGUAAACAUUUUUUUUUACAAUGUGCAGAACCGUUUCGUAAGUUGAAGAGAGAGAAAAAAAAAGACUUUUGAUAACGGAAUUUGUAUCCGGCCGACAUGCUGUUCUUUUUUUUUUAAUUCCGUCUCGCUUUGCAUAUUGUUUAACUCUGAAAUGUUUCUCAAAUCUUGUGUGUGUUUUUGUAUCUUUUUCUCAUGCCCAUGUAAAUAAUUUUAACCGGUUUAUGUCAAACGAUUACAAAAUAGUUUGAUGCAUUCGU